AUGAACGCCUUUCUUUAUAUCUCCGUCUUCGCUUUCGUGAGUUUUCGGACAAUUCUGUGUCAAGAUUGGCUGAGCGUUUCAGAAACAGAACUUCUGAAACUCAGAAACGAAUACAAGAACAAUACUUUCUAUGGAAACUCAAAGUCCGAUAUUUUAUUCCUUAUUGAUACCUCUGGUAGUUUAAGCGGCAGUGAUUUCAGCGAAGAAAAGAAGUUUAUUACCAACUUGUUGAAUGAAAUAAGUGUUGGCAUGGAAGCUACCCGUGUUGAGGUGAUUCCCUUUGGAAGCACAGCGAGCAUUUUCAUAGAUCAAGUGUCUGUUCCCGCCUUGACGAAAAACAAGUGUACCUUCAACGAAAAAUUCAACCCGAUGGUUCAAAGUAUCAAUGGCUACAUGACAAACAUGAAGGAUGCAUUCCAACUUGCGUACGAUGUUUGCCUCGGACCAUCCAGCGGUCAAAAGAGAGGGCCACUCAAUUUAGUUAAAACGACCGUUAUUCUUCUUACUGAUGGACGUUGGAAUAGGCCUUCGAGUAAUCCUAGUCCUGUUUCAAUUGCCACACAGUUACACGAUGCUUCUGUGGAGGUUUUUGCUGUUGGCGUAGGAAACAUUGACUAUGACCAGCUUAAACAGGUUGUAGAAGACCCAGACAAGCAAGCUUUCCACUUGACAGACUUCGACGAGUUUUCCGAACUUGCGACAUACUUAAGAGGGGGUAAGUUUAUGUUAGGUCAGUAUUUGAAAAGUCUUUUAUAUAGGUCAUUUAAAAAUUCUUGUAUAAGUCUUAUAUGUAGUCGGUUUUAAUUUUUACUUCUUUGGUAAGCCUUUACUUUCGGCCAGCUUUCUUAUUUAAUGGAUUGCAUUUACUUUGCGUUGUAUUCCUAACGUAUAGAGGGCCUUGUGCUAACAUUUCCUAACGGUUUGCGCACUCAAUGCGUUGGUCGCGGAUUUAAUAAUAAUAAUAAUAAUAAAUAUAUAUAUAUAUAUGUUUUCUAUUUGUAAGACAAUGGAAGUGAAGUAAAUGCCAGAGAGAAUUGAAUGACAUUUCCCUUUGAAACCCCGAGUCGGUCGGUUAACAUGUAAAAAGCAAGCGCUGCGUCUUUUUAAACGCUUGAGGGAACUUUGUGUGAGAUAAGUAUUCAAAUUUGGAUCCGUUUCAAUUGAUCAAAACAUAUAAAAGCUGAGUUUUAAAUCAAAUUAUAAGGUAAAAUACUCGGUCAGCAUCUUUUUAAAACUAUUGGCAGACGUGGCACUUUUAACACAGGGUAAAAAAUUGAAAUAAAUAGCCCCUGCAUACUUAAAAGUUCUUUUGCCCAUGUUACGUUUCGGCUUUGGUUGGUGCGGGUCGUUGCUUCUCCUAGUUGCAUGAUUUUGAAAAUCGCAUUCCUUGUAAAAUAUUGCGUAAGAUAUUUGGGUACUACAUUAUUUAAACACUGAAAACAUAGAAUGCAUUUAUGCAUUUUUCUUCUGGAAGCUAAGUUUAACCAGUUUAGCACACAGAAAGCGUGAUUUGAGGUGUUAUUCCGUAGCAUAAUUCGUGCUGCGCGGUUCUGUAUGCGGUGUAACUCUUUGCAACACCCCUCUGAGAUUUCCCCCCACGCAACAUCAGCAUAGUCAAAUAAUGGCUGCAAGAGUGAAGUGUAUACCCGUUUAGAGGCUUCCAGCGAGAGGCAUGAUCGUAUACGAGACAAAGGCCCUAGGCUCCUACUGACUUUGCUGCAUACAUACUCGACGACGUGAUCUUUCUAAGAAAGGUUCCCAUCUAAAACAACACCCAAAUAGCUAAAUUUAGCUACUCUUUCCAAAGUCUUUCUGUAUAACCGUAUACACAAAUUUGGUGAUUUGGCAAGAUUCUGUCAACUUCCAAAUAGCAUUGAUUUUGUUUUAAUCUGAUUAAGGAUAAGCAUGCUACUUUUCAUUCAUUGUACAACUCGAUUUAAAUCAUCCUGUACUACCCUGGCUAUCUCCGAGGUGCAAAGAUUCGUAAGAAACAUUACAGUAUCAUAUCGGCAUAUAUACAUACUAAUAGAACAGUUUUCUACACUGGCUUUUACGCAUCAUUAUUGAUUUAUGUUUGCGAUAGUGUCUUUGGUUCUAAAUACCAACCCAAGCAAAAAUCCCUUGUCGGGGGGGUCCAUGAAGUUGAGCGCAUAGUUGUUACACGAAAACGAGGAGGCCUGAUCGUCGCCUUUCAUGAAUAUGUGCAAGAAGGCAGGGUGGAUAAGGGAUUCAAUGAGCUCUAAAAAGAGCUCCGAUCAACGCGUUGCAUUUCUUGCAGGGAAGACAUUUCCAAGGAAGAGAAGAACUCGCAAUUAUUGACUGUGUCGAGGUGUUCACUGUUAGGGCUGCGCGGAAGGUUGUGUGAUUAGAAAAAAGCGCCAUAAAAGAAAAUCCUAUGUAGCCCGGUUGCCAAUGGUUACUUUAUUCAUUCCUUUCUAUAUAUUUAACUAUUAUUUUUUCGUUGAGAACUAAAAGAAAAAUCAUAAGUAAACACCUAGUCGAGUGAUAUUAUUAUCGUUUAUUUAACUGAAGACCAAUAUAUGUUUCUCCCUAAAGCGCUGACUUUUAAAAAUUUGUUACGAACCUGGUAGUCGUGAAAGUAUACCGCAGGCUUAUUCCUCUUUUCAGCAAGCCCAUUAAAAUACUUUUUUGUUUUAACAAGUCAGUUUCAAUACUAAACUGCGGCGGCAGGUGUCCGAUUGUUUACGCGAGGUGAAGCUUGGAAUACAUUAUACAACAACGGGAAUUUCAAAGCAAGUCAGUUCUAUGAUCAUGCGAGUUUCAGAGAAGAGGGAAAGCUCGAACGUUGUGUGGAUAUGCCGAAAGUUAAGUUUUGCGACCUCUUCCCAUCAAUUUUGAAACUUUUCACGAAGCUAUUUAAAACAUCAAACAAUAAAAGCCAUAUGCUAACUUUUGUGUAGAGCACUUUGGCGGAGAAAAACUCAGCAAAGAAAUAUUUUUCGACAUUCUCCCAUACAAAGAAUCGUUGAAAUAGACCAAAUUCGUGCAAAAUUUGCAACCGGUUCCUCUUAUCGCACAACCUCAGAAAACGUUUUAUUUUAUUUCCAUGUACUACCUACAAAAUCCAUAGGCUAACUUUUUAGAAGCAAUGGAAUCAAAGUCGUAAGCUCGAAGAACGAAUGCUGUUGGUCAUUUUCAGGCAAUUUUCUCUUGACUAUUGUCUGGCUGUCUGACAAUACAUUUAUAACAAGUUUAAUUUUCGCGCUUCACACUUUGAAGUCCAGGAUGAUGUCGCCUCAUUUUGGGCGAUGUAAUUUUUUCCCCCACAGUCAUCUAAGAUAAAGAGAAUUUUUCCUUUUUUUUUAUUUCUACGUUUCCCUUGUGAACCCUACAACCAUUUACGUUACGUAAUAUUUCAAGAUGUAUUCCCAAGCGCUCAUAUAGUGACCGAGUUGGGAUGCCCGCGUUGUAAUCGAUUACAAGGCGCUUCUAUAUUUUUUUUUUUUUGGAACUGGUGUAUCGUUAUUUUACGAGACAGGGGCCCAAGCACUCUGCUUGUUUUCGAAAUGAAUUAAGUCAGCGAAGAAGGCGUCUUCGUUAGCAACUGUCUUAUUAGCUCGUCGAAUUUCACGUAAUAAAUUAUAACUAUCGUUAGCUAGUUCUGGAGCCAAAACGAUAAGAGAGAUUCUCCCACGCAUCUUUCAGAUUUUCCAUGUGCAACGUCGCUUUGUAUUAUGGUCAAGUGCAAGGCUUCGGCAAGGGUUCGUACCUGUCUGUGACUGGUUUAGAAAAAUCGCUCCCACUUCGUGAUGCCGACCGGAGAUUUAUCAAUCCUUGUCAUACCUGUUCCCAUGACUGUGUUCUUUUAUCGUAAUAGUAUUUUUUUUUAAUUUAACUCAGAUCCUUACGAAGAGUUAUGGCAGACACAAGAUGUUGAUGCUGACAAAUGCGAUAACACUUGCGACGCUCUAGCAGCUUGUGCAUGCGGUUUAGUGUACGGAGACUACAAAUGCGCAUGCCCUAAGGGAUUUGCCGGCUCAGGGGUCGUCGGGGAUUGUAACGGUAAGUGAAGAGUGAAACUGGCAAUUUAUUAUCAAUUAUCAAUAUGAUUUAUUAUUAAUUUUACCAGCUGAGCUACAGUAUGAUAAAAAAGACCAGAACAAUUAUUUUUUCCUUGUCUGCGAGGCUACUGUCUCUCGGCCAAUUCUUCACAAUCAGCGCGAGCUUACCAUAUUUGAAAGAUGGAGGCGAGAAAUUGGAUGGCCGAAAUAUUGCUCGCUGGAUGCUCUCUGCUUUUUUAGGAGUACUCCUGAAACCGUGCGGAGAAACAAGCGAUAUAUUUGAAGUAGGGUCUAGAUCGAUCUAGACUAUUUUGAAUGAAUAGCAAAACAAUUAUUGAGUUUCGCUUUCGUAUGAUGUGAAAAUUACCGUUCAAGGUGGAUGAUAGCCUCCGAGAUCUGCAUAAUGUCAUGCUCAGCCUCAUUCAAUAUUAAUUAUUAAUAAUUAUUUAAACGCUUUCUCGCAAAAUUUCAUUACAAUAUACUUAUGGGCUCGAUUAUCAGUAACCUUUAGUUUGGUGAACAUUAAAUUUGUUUUGGAGAUGAAAUAUAGAAAUAUAACAUUGCUGGUGGUGUACUGAUAAUUUUUUCAUUCUUGACAUUAACUUACAAAAGAUAAUCAUAAGCUCUUUCGAUCUCCAUUUUUUUUUAUGUCUCGUUCCCGGUAUGUUGGUUAAUUUAUGGUCUAUUUUGAGACUUUCUCUUUUCGUUUUUUAAGUUGAAAAGGCUACUGUCGUUUCGAAAUGUUUUAGUAGUUUCUUCUGCAAUGCCCGAGUAUGAACUGAAAGAAAUGCGUACGUUUGAUGUCCACAAAAAAACACCUCUUCACUGAGAGCUCCUCUCCCCUUUUGUUUUGGUUUCUUCCCUUGAGUCUCCGAUGGAAACAAAGAGAUCAUUCGUAAAUUCGGUGGGCACAUUGGGGAACAACUUCACUCCCACUAGCCUGCGUUGCAGCCCGCCCUCGCACUCAUCUAUCAUACAGAAGGUUUAGAGCGUCUGCGAGGCAGGCAACCUCCCACGGAAAUCCAAAAUAAAAACUUAUUCUCUGUUUUGCUUGACAGCAUGUCCUGCGUCGGAGUACAAGGAUUUUGUUGGCUAUGCUGAUUCUUGCACAGCUUGCCCUGCUAAUUCCGGCCACUCACUCUCUGGAAGUACAUCAAUAACUGAUUGUUAUUGCUUCACUGGAUAUUCUGGGACCCCACAUAAUGGAGACGACUGCACAAGUAAGAAAUGGCCGUGUUUAUUUGACACAAUAUUCAACUUUGAGGUUGAUAGAAAUGUAGGCAGGUAUCUCUCCCUUUCGUUACGUUUCUUGAGUAAUGAAGAUACCACCUAUAUUAACGCCUUAUGUGGAUAACCGAACCGAUUUCUGUUCACUAUCGUGGCAACAAGAACCAAAGCUACCGUCAACACUAUUAACAUAUGUCAAGCACUAUGCUGCCUUCUCUUCUUGAUGCUAAACAUCAUCAUCUUUUUUUGGGAAAAACUUUAAGGGUGGAAGCAUUGUAUGGAAGGGAGUACAAGUGGGUAGUCCAGCAAGAUUGCUGUAUGGGGUUUUCGGAUCAACUUUACCAGGCUUUCUUUUUUCUUUUUCGCCCAAAUCGUGCUCACUCGGGUAUGGUUUAAAAGAUUUCUUCCCUGGCACAAUGUCAGAGUUGUCUAUGACCGUUGUAACGGAGGAAUUUUAAAAUUAGCAGGACGAGGGACGUGGAUCGCCACGCACGGUUCAUGUGUAAAUGGGUUAAUAGCAGCUUGUACUGAAAACUGACAAUGAGAAAGUCUUCUCAGGUAUUUUCAGAAUACUGGGGCACCCAACGACUGUUUUCUGUGAAAUAUUUGUUUGGAGAAGCAAGUAUUGCCUAGAAUUUUCUAUUACUUGAGGAAGGCUAAAAAUCUCUAGAUGACCGUCCCAUUCAAUUCCUGUACAAUUUUCGAAGCUUAUCUAAUAAAUUCCCUACGAUUUUCUGAAGUUUGAUUUUCACAUUUGACCUCCCAGGUUAGGCUAUUUUUCGCAGGAAAAAAGAAACCUAAAAUUUUCGGAUUCAAAAAUGUGAUGGAGAGAGAAAUCAAAAAAGUUUUCUUUUUCGUAAUGCGCUAAAUUGCAUCGGGAAAAUAAUACUGAAGCCCUUCUAAUUUCGAAAACACUCAAGUUCCCUUAGGAUGACCGAACAAAUAUAAAUUUUAUAGCACCACUUAGAAUGCAUUUCUAGAGGUCUAAAAAUACUCUGGAUAACAAAAAAGUGUAUCAAAUGAAUUUGGGAGGAAACCCUCUUUGGGUGCCCCUGAAAAUAGACCUUAUAUACAUGUAUACGCUUGUGACUUAUCACAAGCAGCCCUUGUGGAAUGCCCAAAUGUAAUAAACGGCACUAAAUGUAAUAAAGUCCUAAAUGUAAUAGCAUUUUGCCUUAAAUGUAAUAAAUUUCUUAAGAAUGAUAACAUUAGGCCUUAAUGUUUUGAAGUUACGCUAACGUCAUCAAUAGGGAGCUUAAGCAACAACGACGGCGACGGCUAGGGAAACGUCUCUUAAAAAGUGAAGUCGCGCCGCUUCAAACUUUAUCGCACUUAUUCUAUCUCAUACAGUUCGUCAAAACUUGGCAAUUCUUUCUGGAGUUGAAUUCUAAUCAACAGUAUCGAAGUUCAGAAAAAGAAGAAGAAAGUAGUUGCCUUGUGUUGACGUCCUCCACAAAACGUGAAUUCUUAUGGAUCUUAUUCAGGUUCAAAAAGAGGAAGGAAAAUUCGUCGUCGUAUGUCCACGUCGUCCAUAAAAUGUCAAACUGAAUUAGGAGCUUUGACGUCGUAGUCGAGCAAUGGACGUCAAAGAAGUGAACUUAAAGAGUGAUGCACGUGCAGAGCUGUUGUUUUGAUCAUUAAACCUAUUGUUUUUUGAAAUUGUCUUUGUGGUCGUCGUCGUAGUUGCUUAAGUUCCCUAACAACGUAAGUAACACGUCGUUGAAAUGGCUGUCAUGUUACGGUAUUGGUGGUUUUCAAUGUAACGCCGUCGAAAACUAAGAUCAAAAGAGUGGAAUGUCUGAGGCCAAGAAUUUCAGAUAUUAUAGAAUCGAAUAUAGAUAUAUUAACAACCUGGCCAAGUCUCAUGUCUGUGCAGUUUUCCGCUGCUGAGUUGUUCUUCAAAAUGUGUAACAGAAAUUUAUAGGGCUCACUCAAUGGCGACGUUAUAUUUGUGCUCCUCCGAGGAGCAAAAAUAUGGCGGUCAGAAAUAAUGCAAACAUCUGGUUUCAGCAUCGCCACAAAUUUGAUCAGUUGUUCACUGCGAACGAUUAAAUUAUUCCCCUAAACACAUUUGCUAAAUACUUUUACCAUUCAAAGGGCAUAAUAUCAUGCGAUAAAAUUAUUUUUUAGCAUAUACGACGGCCUUCUCGGCCGCCAUAUUAAUAUCGCGGGGAGUAAAGUUGGUAAAUUAGAAAAUGCUCUUUUUUCAGAAGAAAUCUUUUGCUACAUGGAGAUAGAACCUUCAAAGUCCUUGCGAUUUUUUGUUACGUCACCUGAGAACUAAGAAUUAUUACUUUCCUUAUUAACCUAAAAGCAUUAUUGUCUUUUUAUUUGUUCAUUCUAUAUUAGGGUCGCGGCGCUUAGUCUGGAUUAACGCUUAUAAUUUUUUUCUCUCAAAUGCGGAGCAAAAUCGGGGGCGGCACUUAUUCGAGUAAAACGAUAAUUGGCAACAUGUAAUAAACUAUCACAUUUAGGGAAAAAUGUUAUUACAGUUAGGGUCGUUUAUUACAUGAGCCCUACAACAGCCCUUUGUUUGGUCGCUUGUUAGGGUGAGUUAGUGUCCAGUUUUGAAGGAGAAUAUUUCCUGUAAGGGUAGAAAACACACAAGUUGCAGUCGAUGUUUUAUAGACGUGUGCGUCGCUGUCGUUUCGACUGGUCGCAUAAUGAUAUAGUCUGUGAAUUUAAAACAUGUUUAACUGGACAUGUUUGAUACUAUAGAGAGUUUUCACAUGACGUCGCGGUGGCCAAAUUUCUAGUUCCAUAACAGUGAAACGGCGGCCAUGUAGAUAUUCCAUGCUAGUCCUGUAGGAAUUAACAACUUUGCAUCAGAUGCUGGCCCCGUGAGUGAAAACGCUCUAUAGCUUGAUAACAGUAUAUUUGUCUUGACAGUCCGAUACUGCGAAGCACUGACAGCUCCAGACGAUGGUUCAAUAUUGGGGACGUGUUCCAGAACAUACCUGUCAGAAUGCAGUUUCCAAUGCGACGAGGGCUACGAAUUAUUGGGAAACGAGACCAGACAAUGUACAGUUACGGACAAAGAUAUCAUGGACUGGAGUGGCACAACCGUUACAUGUGAAGGUAAGUGUUUUGCGGCUUGCAGAAAGAGCUUAUAUGUAAGCUUAUCGAGUUGACUUUCGCUAGGUUGGCCUUCUUUUUUUCCCGCGGGUUAUACUUUCUUUUAUGGGCUAUACAGGGAGGUGACGAUAGACUGCAGGGUAUUGUUUUUGUCCUCUCUGUCGAAAACAGGGUAUAUCAUUUCGUGCGACUCCGUCCAAAUUACAAACAGGGUAUUGCUUGCGUGAUUGAUUUGAUUUGCGAGAUGAAAUCUGUUUGUACUCCAAGUAUAGAAAAGCAAAAUGAAUAUAAAGUGAAUUUGCUCUUUUGCAAUUGCCAAUAAAUGGCUGUAAAACAAGGACGGCAAGCAUUUUGUUCUUUGUCCGAAAUAGGGUAAAAAAAAUUGAGGGAGUUGUUCUAAACAGGGCGUAUGUGUACUUUGUUUAAGGAUUUUUUUUGCCCUAAGCUAAGCAUGGUCAGGGUUUCAUACUCUCAGUGGCUCACUCGCUAUACUCAAACACUGGGAAACUGCCCACCUACCCCUCCUCUAAGCCAACAUUUUGCCGUAAAUGAGAAGUAAGUGUUGAUGUUGGCUUAGGGGAGAGGUAGGUGGCAGAUUCCCAGAAGCGUAUAAUUGAGUACUCCCCAGGACUUUCCUUUAGUACCGGUUUGUUGAGGGGAAGAUUCGCGAGUUGAAACCCUUGUGAGUUAGUUAGAUCAUGCUGGCGGUCCUUCAGACCUUGUCUCGUUUUCGGAAUGAUCGCGUCAAGUAGACGUUAACUAGACGUUGACGUUAAGCUGUUAGCCCUUCACCCUUAGAAGUCAACUACUACCGAAACAGGUAGACUGCUUUUUCGCAGACGUACGUAACAGUUGCUGUUAACGACAAAGGUGAUCGUUUUUGGUCACGUGCCUAAAGAGAUGUUAACUCCAAACGCAAACGCACGUGAUAACAUUCCCUCGCAUUUCUUUGCCCGCGCUUUGGCUAUGUAUCGUCCCUUAUCCGCUUUCGAUCAACACUAAAGUAAUACAACAUGAUCCAGCUAAAAGUGUUCUACAAUAUUUCUUUUCCGGAGGAUCGGUGCGAACUAAUUACAGCGUACGAAAGUGAGGUGUCUAGCUUCGAUGAUCUCAUGCAAAUCGUAAGGAAUAAAUUAGAGUGUUUACAAUUUAUUCCUGAUGAAGAAUUGCGGAUUCAGUACAAGGACGAUGAGGAUACUUUCGUCAACUUGCGCCUUGGAGAUUCGCUUCACGAUGCCUUAAGAUGUGCCCAACCAGUGUCUGGUACAACAUUCAGAAGGCUAAAAAUCAAAAUCCAGUGGCAGCCAGAAUCAACUCCAGAAAUUAUAUCCAUCAAGCGACGUGAAAUUACAGGACGUGAGAUAAUCGGCGAAACUGAGCUGGUGUCACAGGUGCAGAAUCCAAAAAGCGGCUGUAAUAUUUAAUGUGGAAAAAUCUAAUUUUUCAACGGCUUCAGUUGCUGGAAUGAGUGCGCUAGGCUCUAGUGAAUGUUUCUCCACGGACAACAAGUUUACCAGCAGGUCGCCACCACAUAAACAUUAGGCUGAUUUAACAACAGGACGGGAACGUCAGUUGACGACGGGAAAGCGCGCGGAAAGGACUAAACACGACUUCCGGUGCUCAAUUUGCCGCUCUGCCAUUGGUCAAGGUAGUUCUUCGAUUUGCGCGCGCCGUUGUCAACUGACGUUCCCGUUCUGUUGCUAAAUCAGCCUAACAACAACGAGUUGACGCGUGGCCCGAUAAAUCUGCAAACAGUAGCGAAGGAAUCGCAACACUAACAGUCAAUUCUUCUGAUGAUAUAAAUCGCCGUUAGAUCUUUUAAUACAAGACAAGCAGGUUGAGGUGGAGAAAGAAAGCGAAAAAGUAACCGAACUCCAGCGGGAACUGGAAAGACUCUCAGAUGAUUACGGAAAACAUGCAGGUUUCGAUUAUACUAGACCAGCGUGUACAAAUUGCCACCGCAGAGAGGGACAUAACAGAGUUAACUGCCCCUAUAAAGGACAUCCAUGCGCUUCUUCUAGAUUCUGUGGUGAUUUGAACAAGCAUAAGGACUAAAAGGAUGCUGUCUCCUCCGCAGCAAAUAGGCUUCAAUCCGCAGAGAAAUGCCUUCAAAAGUUAAAAAACGGUCUGGCUAUGAAAUCGGCUCUGAAAAUUCAAACUACUAAUUCUUUUUCGAGUGUCAAGCGAACACGUUUAAUCAGUGAAUGUAGAGGUCGUUAUAAAUUAUCUCACUUCUCAGGGUUUUGAGAACUGGCGUUAAAUUAACCUGGACCUGAAAAAGCUUGAAGCUCAUUUCAAAAGAAAAAUUCCGGGAAAUGAUGUUAGCUUAAUCGCAGCACUGGACGAAUACAACAGGAAGACAAUCCUGGCCCGCCCUCAAAGUUAAAUCGGUCUUGGCGGCAACCCGGUACGCACAUUGUGGGAAUUAAAAUGGAUUAAAUGGCCCUCAAUCCCCAGCAUUCCUGAAUCAACUACUAGUACUACAUGUAAUGCAACGUCUAUCCACGCAAAGCAACUUGAACUGCCCUCCAAAAUACCCUGAUCUUGGAUCCCCACCUUCAGCUAUAAUCGAAUCGAUUAUUACACAUCUCAAGCUAUCGUCUACGCCUUUACCACGGAUAUAAGACCUUCCUUGUUUGUUUAUGGAAAAGCCCUCAAAUAUGUUUCUCUGCAGAGGCAACUGUUUCGCGCGUCUGCGAAGAAACAGUCUACUUGUUUCUGUAGUAAGGUGGAAGUGAAGUUCGAAAAGAUUUGGGUAUGUAGACUUGAUCUUUGACAACAAAGUGUUCUGUCUCUUUUCGAGUUCAUUAGACUGUUCACAGUGCCCUACUUUUUCGUAGUGAAGAUCGUCAGGAUCCAGCGCUUACGGAACGGGUGGUCAUCUUCGUAGCGGCGGUAGAGGGGGAUGGGAGGCCCCGCUAUUUUUCUCGCUUCCUCCUAAACCGUCCUCCGCCCCCUGAGUGCAUUGACACUCAUCUGAGAUGGCCGCCCGUAACGCAAGGCGCUCGAUCUCGAUGAUCUUACUGAAAAAUAGGGGACUGUUUACAGUCCACUACAUCAUCCGCAAGUGCCACUAAUCUAAUUCUUUAAUGAUUCGUAAACACCAUCAUAACAUUAGCUAAAUUUAUUGAAAUAUAUUCUAUUAUAGGCAGGGAAACUUUCUUUUGAAAUACCUUCUUGGAAGAGAGAAACUUCUCUUACCGAUUAUAUAUUAAUUUAACUCUAGCACGUGUAAUUUACUAUGUUAAAUUCUUAACUUGUUUUUGUGUUGUUUUUUUUUUUCCAGAGAUACGCUGCCCAAUACAAUCUGUGCCUGACGCUGAAGUACCCACGGGUAACUGUACAACAGUCGAACUGUCAUACGGAACAAGGUGUAGCUACUACUGCCGCAGAGGCUUUGAACGAGUAGGAAGUGAAACAAUCACAUGUCAGCUGGACAAAACGUGGUAUCCUUCUGCUCCAGUCUGCGACGGUAAGCAUAUUAUGCUAAUUUCCAGCCAUUCUCAUCGUUGUAAAUUACGAAUGUUCGACUUAAAAAAUUUACGCCAGUUUUUAUUUGUUUCUGUUCUCUUAUUGAUGAUAAAAUGUCGUCAAAGCAGGCGAGUGGAUCCCCAACAAAAGCUCGAAAAAGCCAAAUUGCCGGUAAAAAUGAAGAAAGCACAUCAAAAUUUAUGCCUUUUUUUGGACCAGCGCGACGUCAUUGUCAAUAUCUUUUCUCGCUUGGUGAUUGGCUCCUGAAGCCAAGUAACGGAGUUUCUUUGGCUUAAACUUUGAGUCACGCCACUCUCCUGAAUAAAUUAGGAAUUUAUUGUUUUCCAAACUUCAGAACAAGAAUGAGAUCAGCGAUGUUUAUUGACUCGAAAAAUGGAGGCAUUUGGGGGUUGUAUAAAAAGUCUUAAACUAGCUAAAGGUCAAUAAUUUUUCCAAAGAAAGAUUCUGGGACCGUUGAAAUAACCGAACACUGAGUCGAAGCGACCUAACCAGCAAGGCAGUUUUUGAAAAGUUGCUAACCGAACGAUACGAACAGAAAUCGCGUACCUGUUGUUUACUUCUGUUCAAGUCUUUUUUUGUGUGCUGAACACCAUUCAGCUAUAUGAACUAUCUACAAUCGAACCGAAAGGUGGGUUUUAUGUGCAUGUUUUCAAUUCAACUUACCAGAUUCUUACAUAGUUUCCCAAGGUUUAUACAAAUAGUCUGUCUUGCUUUCGGAAAAAAGGAUCAGAAAAACACUCUCACUACUUGUCAAAAGAAAACUAGCGUAAUUAAUGUAUGAAUAUUAAAAGCUUGUCUGAAUCGUAAUUUGAAGCUUUACAAUUUCAAGCAAGUCGUCUCCGCUUUUAAUCUGCUCUCUCAAGCUCUGCUUGAGCUUUUUGUUGAGAAUCCAAGCAGGGUGCAACCACUGCAUCAGAGCUAUCUGGCUAUUUUUUCUUACUAGACAGAAGAUGAAUCUUCUACGAGACCAAAGCCCGGAAAACAUCGAAAGUUUGGCAUUCGUUCGGCAAAUGACCGCGUCCUGCAUAAAUUAAAAUUUUACUUGUAUGUCGUCUUAUCGAUCAUAAACAUUAGCCAAACAGCGCGCGAGAAAUAAUUCAGUUAUUGUAAAAAAUGGGUUAAACGCGAAAACCGAAACUUUCUUGACAGUCACAGUCUGUCAUCGUGAAGCCAACGAUGACGGAAGCUUCAAAAAAACAGUCUAGGAGCCUUUUUGCAUUACUUAACCACGUGAUCAACUUUCUGUAAACACGAAAACAGGUCGCUUUUGAAAAAUACUGUCAGCAGGAACUUAAAAGCAUAUUAAACUUAGGUGACCUGUAAUUUUCAGCCGUAUAUUUCAAAAGCAGCGAUCGCCACGGCCGCCGAAAAUUAGAAGGAUUUGUAUGAGAAAAACAACUCUUGCCACCCUGUCGCACGUGAGUAGUUUUCCAUACAAACCCUUGUAAAUUUGGAAAUUUUCAAACUGACGUAAAAUAUUUCUUGAAGCAUUAUAGGGCUCAAAUCUCCUUUUUAUUCAUGCCCAUAACAGGCAAUUUGAGCCCUUAAGUGUUGAAAUUUACAAGGAUUUGUAUGGAAAACCAUUCAAGCGUCACUAGGUGGCAAGAGUUGUUUUUGACGUACAAAUUCUUCCAAUUCUCGGCGGCCUUUGCAAUCGAACCUUUUGAGAUAUACGGCUAAAAAUGCUCGGGUUACUUAAUGUUAACAUGCUCUUUCAGUUCCUCCUAACAGAAUUUUCCGAAAGCAAACUAAUUUCGUGUUUACAGAAGUUUGAUCACGUCACCAACUAUUGCAAAAGGCCUAAUCUAAACGGGUUAGGCCCGUUUCAAACGCCGUGCUACUGCCUUGCCGAACUAAAUAGAUCGAAAUAAAUUCGACUUAAGUACGGCAAGCUUUGCCGUGCUACACGGCAGUAGCUCGACUUGGUUUCAAACGUCGCGCUACUACCGUGCCAAACUCAAUUCAUAAUUUAUGAAUACAUUAGAAUACAUUUAAAAGUUUGCUAAAUCGUUUCUUUAUUUUCUUGUGUUUUGUUUUCGGCAACAGCCGUUCUAUUCGACUGAAUUAAAUUCGACGUCUGAAACCGAGUCGUGUUAGUGUCGUGCUGCAGUCGAGCUACCGUCGAGCCAGCUUUCCAACUCACCCCCUCCUCCCCCAUCAGUGUCGCAACUCCUUUGCAAGACGACAAUGAAACUCAUGUUUUGGGUGGGUUGGAAUGGAAAUUUAAUGCAGGGAUAUAUUCGCUUUAUUAAGAGAUACUUUCGCUGUUGCAUUCGAGAUUUAAGUAGGAAGCUUUUUUGUGCACAGGAAAACUUUGCAGUGAAACCACUCAUCUGCUGCUCUUGAAUCCACUUGAGGUUGCAAAAAUUUUGAGUUUAUUUCUGUAGUCUCUGAGAAUAUACGCAGUGGAAAAUUAUCGUCUACUCAAUAAUUUCUUGGAGGAAGGUAACUUGAAAUAUUCACUUCCGAGCCAGUGGGUCAAUCGGAACGCAUGAGAAGUACUACUAACUAGCUCGGUAAAAUUCUAAAAAGUUUCAUGUGACUGUGUCAAGCGUCAUGCGUCUAAUCCACUUUUGUUACUUACUACCAUAGAGAUCACGUGUCCAGCCCUAUCCACGGUAGGCGUCGGUUCAUACAGCCCAGCAACUUGCGAUGACUCAGAGUCGUCAGUUGACUCCAGCUGUACGCUUAUUUGUCCAUCUGGAUAUCACAUUAGUUACUUGUCAACAAGCAUCUUGACCGAUACAAGAGUGUGUCUAGUUAAUGGAACUUGGGAAUAUAGAGAAUCUUCACCAACUUGCUUAGGUAUGCUCGCUUCCGUUAUUAAACAAUGUUUAGUUCAUGUUUAAAUUGAACUGCGAUAUAACACAUUUCCAAGUUUGCCAACUCCAGUAUAGACGUUUUAAGGCCAAAUCACGGAGAUGUCUGUGGGGAAGCUAUCUUAGUCUGCUAAGAACAGUUAACUAUCUCGCUCCUGGAGUCCCUCUAUUUCCUCCUCACUUCCUUCUUUCUUCCAGAUAAUGAAUACAGUCAAAUCCCUCUAAGGCGGACACCUUUGGGAUGUGUCCGUCUUAGAGCAAUGCCUGUCUUGCAGAGAAUCAAAUAAAGGGAGUAAAGAAAGACAGAAACCAUCUCCAAGUCUCCGUUUUACCAAGGUGUCCGUCUUUAAGAAAUGUCCGUUGAGAGAUAGUCGACUUAGUCCCAGAUUCAUCAACAUCGAUUAGGUUGCUUCUUGUUUUGACUGAUUGAUUUUUUUAUAUAUAUAUAUUUGUUGUGGUCAGAUUGGCAACCACCAACAAUUAAUUGCUCUGCGGGGGAAACCAUAACUGCAGACAAUGACCCAGGAACAAACGUGUCGACUGUGACGUGGGUCUUUGGCUUUACCGACAACUCGCUGACGGAGAAUGAACCAGGAGUAACUGAAGAUUCGUUCACCAUUGUGUUGACAAUCAAUGACGUUAAUGUCGAUACAAAUCUCCCAAAGCUUUUAGAAAUCGGAGACAGCACUGUCAAGUACACAGUUACAGAUCCUGCAGGAAAUUCUGCGACCUGCUCCUUUUUUGUGAAAGUUUCAGGUUAGUUAAUAACGAUUCAUACUUUGUUUUAGUUUGUGAAAGUUUCAGGUUAGUUAAUAACGAUUCAUACUUUGUUUUAAUUCACUCCCUUACUUUACUUGAUUCUGCUUAUGUUUCUGUCCGCUGCAUCGGUAAGUGUUCUAAGAAACUAUCGUCGUGGAAGUCUUAUCGAUUUUGUUCUGUUUUGUUUUGUUUUGUUUUGUUUUCUGCUGAGAAAACUAAUCACAAAACUUAACUUUAGAGAAGAAACUACUUCUUAAUAACAAAAUCAGAGCUCCACGACAAAUAAGUGUAUCAGGCUUAAAAGUUUCCAGUAACUCAGUUGCAAUCUCUUGUCAUCUUCUUCAAUUUUGAUCAAUUUUAAUGCUCUGGAAUUUUGACCACCCUCCUUUAAGGGGUCAUUUUUUUUACAUUCUUUCCUCUUUGGUAAUGGCUAGUUCCUAGAUCUUGUUAACAAUACUCGACUUCCUAUUAGAAACCGAGUAGCCGUCGUGUUCAAUUUUAGCCUAAUUUUCAACUUUUCACUGGGAAUUACGGGCGUCUUUCCAUGAAGAACUCUCAGAGCAAUACUGUUGCAAUGCUGUUAUUAAACUUGAAUAACUCGAAUGUAGUCUCCAGUAAUUAACCUUGUACUGUCGCACUUUGUAACAAUCGUCGCACUUUGUAAUACCUGUCGCACUUUGUAAUAAAAUUGUCACACUUUGUAAUACCUGUCGCACUUUGUAAUAACACUUGUCGCACUUUGUAAUAAAAAAGCUGUCGCACUUUGUAAGAACAGACCAUCGCACUUUGUAAUAACACUUGUCGCACUUUGUAAUAAACUUGAAAUAGAUGGUCGGAGGACAAGUAAACCCAGUAAUUAGUGUCAUCAUGGACAACAACAACAACGACAAUAAUGAUGAUAAUAAUAGUAAUAAUAAUGAUAAUAAUAAUAAUAAUAAAGUAAAAACUUGCAAGCUGUGACAGGCCGCACAUCUUCGCCGGCGUGAAACCUUUGAAAACCUUUUACAUAUUGCUCCAUUGAGGAGAACUUUUCAGGGAUCUUACAGUUUAAAAUUUGAACCAUGAUAUAGCUUAUAUAUAACGGACCAAGAUACGGCUCGGUACAGUUUAUGUUCAGCAAGGGAAAAUUGUGUAAGUUGAGCAGAACCUUUAAAAUGUACAACAGACAAUUUGUUCAGUUCGCGCGUAUUCAUGUCGAAUUUGUGGCCCGUUUAUGAGAUUUGUCUACUCAAAAAUAUAAUAAUUUUUCCAUAGCUGCUGUAAUCUUAGGGUAUCUGCUUUUAAUAUCUCCGUAAAGCUUAGGUUUACGCGAUCUCAGAGAACAAUGUUCAGCUGUACACAGCACGUAGCCUUUAAAUAUAUCCAGAUCUAACACUGGUUUUGUGUAUUUAUCAAAAUGAUGCCGUUUCAUGUAGGUUCCAGCGUAUUCGAAAUUUCCACAACAUUCAUUAGUAGUGGUCAUCGUGGCACAAUGACGUGAUAUGCAAUGUUUUAAAGAACAUUUUAGUGCGAAAAUAAUAGUGACAAUAAUGAUGAUGAUGACAAUGAUUGUGGUACCGGGUUGGGCUCUGAGUUUGUGAUUUUCAUUUGGUUUUAUGAAAUACAGUAUAGCUUAUUCAUGGUAAUAAAUACGAAUCAAGUAAUAUCUCUGUAUAUGUCUCAAGUAAUACCUCGCAGGUAACGAAAUCAUAGGUUUUCUAGUUGCCUGUGCUGGUAGUAAAACUUUAAAAAUAUUUUGUUAUUAUUAUUGUCGUUGUUGUUGUUGUCGAUGAUGACACUUAUUACUGGGUUUACUUGUCCUCCGACCAUCUAUUUCAAGUUUAUUACAAAGUGCGACAAGUGUUAUUACAAAGUGCGACACCUUUUUUUAUUACAAAGUGCGAUGGUCUGUUAUUACAAAGUACGACAGCUUUUUUAUUACAAAGUGCGACAAGUGUUAUUACAAAGUGUGACAAUUUUAUUACAAAGUGCGACAGGUAUUACAAAGUGCGACAGUACAAACCUUCAUGAAACAACCUUCCCUCAUAAAUUUCAGAAUUUCUAUAUUCAAUUGUUAUGUCAGAUACUGAGCCACCGACUUGCGUGGACUGUCCGGCUGAUAUUGUUAUCGACAACGUGACUGAGACCACAAUCAGAGUAAACUGGGACAGUCCAACCUGUACGGACAACUCAGGCAAAAAUCCCGCCAUCUCCUCCAACAGGGAAAAGGGUGAUCUGUUUGAUGUGCCAGGUUCUUAUGAAGUUACCUACACUGCUACUGACACAUAUUUAAACAAGAACGAGAACUGCUCCUUCAGAAUUACUCUAGAAAGUAAGUAUUUUACUGGCCUUGGCCGGGUUUUUGGAGAAAGCAAAUUGUGUAAGGCAAAAAGUGUUGAUACAGUUUUGCGUCAUGCUUGCUUCCUUGUGGGAACACCUCCAGUGGUUACUGUUGUAUGAAAAAAAAAGAAGAAAGAAAAACGCAAUUUUUAGCCUGAACUUUCAACUAUGCAUUUGUAUUCAUGUGUAUUCACAGCUUCCAUUAACAGUCUUUUCCUGAGAGACCAAACGAACCCAAAUGGACCACAAACACUUUAACAUGAGAAAACGUCCCUGCGAAAUGACGUCUAGGGAACGACUGCAGAAAUUCCGUAGUGCUUCUGAUUGGUUGAAGCAAAUUUCCCUCUCGACAGGACCAAUUAGAACCACUACCCAGACCUGAGCAGUGAGACGUUAUCAGUAUGGAGUUUCUGUGCCAGUUCCUAAGACGUGUGUUGUCAGUUGCGGCAUCGCGAAAUUUCGGCUGUUUUCUAAGGCUACCGACAUUUCAACCUUUAGAUAACUUUUCUCCUUUUUUUUUGGCUAAGGAACAACCAAAACAGACUUCCUCCUUGUGGUUAUGACUGUUAAUUGGCCGAUUUAUGAUCAAUGUUUUGAUAUGGAUAUAUGGCCCUAGUUACAACGCUUUUUACUCACCAUGUUUUGCAGAAAAACAGUGUCCACUUUACGAACCACCCGACAAUGGCGCCCUUACCUGUAACUACAUUGGAUCGGACCCUUCUUGCUCUGUACAGUGUCAAAGUGGAUAUGACUUUGUCUACACUCCUCCAUUCGUGUACUAUUGCUCGGGGGGAGAAUGGAAUUAUUUCUCCAUUGCAUAUUAUGAUCCUAUUUUACCAUGGCCAGACUGUGCAAGUAAGUAUAUUGCGAUAAAGGAUUUAGUAGCAUUGAUGGCUUUUUCGUAUGGCUAAAUCUUUUGUCACUGUUAUUUGGCAAUUUGCGGACCUUAAUUGUACACCCAAAAUGUAAAACGCAAAAGCUUGUUUUGUCGCCCCAAGUCCGCUUGCCUAAAAAUAGGAAUACAACUACAAAACAGCAGCAACAACAACAACAACACCAAACAAUAACAACAACGCAACAAAAUUAAAGUUCAGAGUAAAGACUAGCCUGCGAACACCCGGCUGGAGAAAAGCAGCGACCAGAAAUACAUCUGUAUUCGCAGGAUAUUUAAAGACCUCCUGACAAUUAAAAGGAAGAAAUUAUGUUGACUGGCUCAUACUGCACUACAAACUAACAUCACUUCAGUCUCAAACAGUGCAUCACAAACGAUGGCAAAACCAGCUUUAUGAGGGGUUUAUUAAAGAAAACUUGUCAACUUCUCUUUAAGACAAGCACAUUGAAAAAUUUGCUUAAAAAUGUUAGCUCAGGAGUUAUAGCAAUAUUAACGAGGACACUACGGUUGAAGAGGUGGGGAGCUUAAAUUCAGACCAGAGAAGAUAACAUCUCCCGCGGAAGUCAGUCAAUUCCAAAUCGUUUUUAGCGGGAGUAACAUUCAGUCCGAUUAGACUGUGUUUCACCUUUAAUCCGCCUCAAAAUUUACGUUACUAUUGACUUCAUCCGCUAGCUCAGAAAAAGCUCCACGCUUUGGUGAAUAGACGCUUACAUCUUUCAUCAAACCAGAUCUGAGUGACAUUCUUGUCUCUAGAUCGUCUUUAACAGUCGUCGUAAUUUUGACAAGAAUCAGUGCACUUGCAUGUUUGUGUACAAUGAUAUGCUUUAUUUCAGAAACUAUUGUCAUCGGCGUCUAAUUUCUUGAACUCUAAGGAGUUAAUUGUUUUCUGCCAUUGUCCUGAAUUGUUUCCGAUUCUCCAGAAAAAACCUGGUACAAAAGGUGGUCGUUGGUUGUAACACAUUGCAUUUUUCCCGUUUCUUCAUACCAGAAACAGAGAACCCUGAUAAUCUCAAAAUGGCCAGUUUUCCGUAUUUCUACUAUGACGGCGACUGCAAUGAUCCUAACACGCAGACAGAAAUUAAGGAAAACUUCAUUAACUUAAUGGUCUACGGGCCAGUUCUACCUCUGUUUUGCGCAAGCUACUACCCUGACGAGUGCAAUACGGACACCGUACAAGUCUACUGCGGAAAUGUUACUGCAGCGGAGAGGAGGCGAAGGAGAUCUACAACCAUGGCGGUAUACACCGAUUUAUGUAUUUCCCCUUAAACCUCUACAAAACUAGUAUAAAUAUCAAGCCAGUGAGUAUUGCUAAUUGUGCUCUCUUGAUUGGCUAGCUCAGCUCUGAAUAUUCAGUGAUACAGUAGUCAUCUGUGCUGUGGCCUUGCAAGCACCUUGUUAUUACAUGUAUGGACACCCUGAUGAUACGGACAGCAUGUAUAUCCCUGGCAAAAAUUACAGGCCUUGGUUGUUGAAAAAUGAUGUCAGAGAAACCAAUUGUGUUUUCCACAGCAUAGAGAUUAAUCCUGUGGUUAGCAUUAUCCACCUUUUGAACAACUGGGCCGUCUGAUGAUAAGGACGUUUUAUUUAGCAAUUAAUGAAUGAGGCUGAGUAGGAUAUGAAGAAUUAAGCAGAUCGAGGAGGGAGUUAUCUAGUGAGGCCGAAGGCCGAGGUGGAUAACACCCUCCGAGAGUUUUUUUCUCAACCAAAACAACUCAACCUUGUCCUCAGGUCUUCUCGGUUAAUGGUGCCUUAACAAAAGGGCACUGAAAGAUAGUAUGCCUUGCUGUACUGAUUUUUAAAAGAAUUGAACUGAGGCACUCUUUGAAAUUUCAAACAAAUUACCACUGUGACAAUUUCCUACAGUUUUCGACAAUUUUUUGUCCAAGAGUUCAGCGCAGAUACUGCUCUCGCUUUCUGCACUUAAAAGAUUUAAUUAAACAAAUUUUUAUGAAAUUGCAGUUUUAUUAAGACUUUUAAAAUCAUGUUUCAUCAUUAUCUUCGCUGUGAUCCUUCUCCCCAAGUGAAAAGUAGGACAAGGAUUAUGUUUGCUGCUAUGUAAAAUAACUCUCUCUUUCAUUUUUUUCGUCUGUAAAUUACAAGGUUACCAUCAGGUAUGAUUACGUCUUCAAAGACACCAACCUCACUUCAGGGACCAAUGAUCAGGGUGGCCAGGAUGCUUACAACACGGAGAAAGGAAAGGCCAACCAAACAAGGACCGGCAUUUACAACAGCCUCGCGACUGUUGACUGGGGUGAAUUCCAAGCGUCUUCUGGACUCGAGUUGAAAGAUAAGGACGUUGACAAUUUCAACCUUGGUGAGGUUGAUGCGUAUUGUUCAGCAGAUGGUGCAGUAGUCAGGAAAUGUGACGAGGCCGAUUACAACUGUGCCUCUCCACCUUGCCAGUGCACUAAGACGGAAGGAACUGUUACUAAAUGCAGUAAGUAAUAUUCCGUAAACAGUAACGUUCACUCCGCUCGAUGAGCUGUCUGUGUUUUUUUACUCUUCGCGGACACUGGUAGCUAUUCAACGUGGAAUAGAAGGCGUAAACCGCUAUUUCUUGGCGAGAAAUGUAGUUGAUAAUUAUCAUAUUUUCAUCUACACUAAAUGGACUUUGACUAUUCUUAAUUGUUUAUUUUUUUUCCUUGAAUAAUAUUCAAGGUGUUUAGUUUUUGAGUAAACAGUAUAAACAAACUGAGCGACGUCACAAAAACCUAAGACGAUUUAUCAUUUAAAGAAGUAUCAUCUGAUCUUGACUACAUGCCAUGGACAAACUGCUGAUUUUCUCUUUGUAGCACGUUGCCCAAUUGGGACGUACUACGAUAGUGAUGAAGAUGAUUGUCUUUUGUGUCCGGAGGGAACGUACAGUCCAAGCGAAGGCGCCUUGCAGUGUCAAUCCUGUCCAGAUGGAACUUGGACUGUAGGGACAAGACAAGAAAACUUCACGUCUUGCACAGGUAAUUGUAGGGACAUUAAGAUGUCAGGACGGCGACGACAACGAGAACGUCAAAAAAAGCACUAGGUUGAAUAGGCAAAACAACAUCUCUGCACGUACGUCACGCUUUUUUGACAUUUCUUUGCCGCCACUGUACUACUACGACGGGAAAAUUCCUUAUUUCACGUUUUAUGAAGGAAGUUAACAAGCGACGGCUACAUUUUCUGUCUGUUUCUGAACAUGAAUAUGGUUCUUGGGAAUUCAGCUCGAAAAGAGUUCGCUUGCAUUAAUUGACAAAGUAAAUGAGAUAGCUGGUUUCCGGUGGCUCUUUGGAAAGCAAAUUUUCUUUGUUUAUCUUGUUCUUUUCGCAGGUUGAAACAUGAGAUGGGUGCUCGUUGGUUGGAGGGUGGUUUAAUGGGACUGAUAGAGUGGGUGGGUGGUUUGGGUCAAUCAGGAUGGACACGCUGACUAGACCAGGCGAACUAGGUUGAGAGGGGGGGGGGAAGGCACUUUGGUUGGUUGGCUUGGUCAAGGUGAUUGGCUGGGUGGCUUAGUCAGGCUGUUUGGGCGGGUGGCUGGAUCAGGCGUUUUGGCUGCCUGGCUGGGCUAGAGUGGUUGGCUUUUGGCUGUUUUGUUUGGUUGGUUGAGCGGUAAUUUGGAUUAUUGAUUGGCUGCCAAGUUGGGAAGUUAGCUGAUGGAUUGGUUUAGUUAACCUGGUUUCUCGAUCGGUUUGGCGGUCGACUGGUUUGUUAGCCAGUUAGUUGGUUUGGGUUUGUUUCUUUGAUGGUCGGUCGGCCGGCCGGUGUUUGUGUUCUUUAUGUACUUCUUUUCUUUAACAUUACACCAGGAGGAAUUAGCCAACUGUUUUCUUGUUAAAUCUUUUUUAGAAUGGCAAAAAUUUGAAUUUGGUAUUUGAACAGAUGAUAAAAUUCUUUUUCACAGCUGAAUGACAGGUUACGGCAUUGUUCUCAGUGUCAAGACAUCGUUGAACACUUUUUAAAAAAGCAUAUCAAAAACGUCAAAUUAACAAACGGAUGAAUCAUUCUGUGAAUUUGAAUGCAGAAGUGCGAAAAUCAGCCAUUAAAGGUGACUGACCGAUCCGAAUCGCGGCCCAUGACAAUCUGAAAAGAAACCACUUUAGCUUCGUAUUGAAAAGUGCCCAAAAACUGAACCUGAAAGUAAAAAUUCUAUAUAAUUCGCCCACGUCUUCGCAGAAAGUGAUGCUGUAGUUUCGCGGUCGUGCUUUGAGAUGAUGUUACGAAUGAACAAACUCAAAAAAUAGACAGUUAAUCUAAAAGCGGGGAAAAACAGAUGAGCACAUGGCAAAAUUCAACACAAAAUCCAUCCUCAAAUUGGGGAGCAUUUUGCCAUUUUUCUUAAGCGCCGAUGACAAAAUUUAUAAACGUUUGUGAAACAUUUAUACAUACACAAAUUCCCUUUUAAAAACGUAAUUUUUCUUGACCAUAGAGUAAAAAAGGUACUUGCAAAGUCUUCAAAAAUUCUGCGGCAUUGAAUGACUUUCAAAACAGGACAUUUUGGGCUCCGCUGUGAAGCAAACAUCGUUGAAUUCCUCGAAGGACAUUUUCGUAACCAAAAGUGUUCCUUGUCUACAAAAAGAAAACUGAGCAUUCCUUGGAACUUUCCCUUUCCAUUUGUGUCUUUUAACAGUGUAUUUUUAACCUUUAAAUGCGUAACUUGAAAACCACCGCGACAUGGUGUAAUUCACAGAUGGUGUGGCAGCUUUACUGAGCUCCUUGUUUUAAACCCUCAUAAAGCAUGCUUUUUCAACCAAUUAGAGUGCGCGUUAUAUCUGAACUUUAAUAAAAAUACGCAUUAACGGAGGUUGUUGAUUAAAUCCUUGGCAGUUCUGGGAGCCGGAUGGUUGCAUUAUCAGUUAACCGUGGAGGCACUUUCUUUAUUGCUACUACAGUAGCUAGUUUUGGUGCCCUUCUUAACGUUAAAAUUCGAGUUUAGAUAAUUCAGAAGGAUACGAAGUUCGGAGCAUGACUAAUUUUUUUCCAAUUGCUUUGGCUAAUUUUAGAUAAUUGUGGUCCGGGUUUCUACUCCUCAACUGGUGUAGAAAAGUGUUUCCGUUGUCCUAUUGGAACGUACUCUUCGGAUGAGCGAAACAAAGCCUGCACAAGCUGUCCAAAUGGCACUUCUACUGUAAUUGAUGCAGCUCAAGGAAUUGAAGAUUGUGGAAGUAAGUGCAUUAAAAAUUUAGUCAUAAAAAUAAAGCAAUAAGUUUAUUUUAGACAGACAGAUCAAAUUGGGAUAAGGGGGCCUCCAAUAUAGCCUCCCAUACAGACGUUGUUAGGACUACGUCACGCAAUGUUUUCAGACGUUCGUGACCAAGAAACGCACGACGAUCCAAAAGAAUGUCUGCGUGGGAGGCUACCUCCAAUAUAGUCAAAUGGUUAGUCUGAUGGAAGUAUUAACACUAGUGUCGAGCACAAAAUGUCUCAUUACCACUGAAGAAAACACAUGCGACAUCGACCGUUGCAAGAUGUCGCUUGCUUUCGAAAGAGAAAUGGGCGUCGACGUCUGCUUAUCAAAGUUAUCCUCUGAAUAAGAGUUUGUCAUAAAGGUAGCUUAAAGACUCUAAUUGCAUGACCAGACAAAGUGUCAGUUUCAUAAUAGUUAUCUGCUUAAUUAUUCUAGAAACCGCGUCACAAAAGAAUAUGAGGUUAUUGAUAUAUCUCCCUCAAUAAUUCUUUGUUACUUUCUCUCUUCAUCCAGUGCAAUGCGCUGCAGGAACUUAUUCAGACAACGGGGUAGAGCCAUGCUCGCCGUGUCCUGUUGGUACUUAUCAACCAGGGUCUGGGCAGACUGCCUGUCUUCCGUGUCCGGGACAAGAAUCUACCCAUGGUACUGGGGCAAGUUCGGUGGAUUUUUGUGGAGGUAACACUUCUCUUAACUGGUUCUGGAUAACUUUUUGAAUUUAAAACAAACGAUGUGACGAGACUAAUAAAAUCGCAAACAGCGUCAUUCCGCAUUUUUUCCAUGCAUAUUCUUCUGUUCCGUCAGUAAUAAUAUCAAUCCGCAACUAAAAUAGAUCAUCCAGUUAUUAUUGGCACUGGAUAAAUGACAGGUGAUGUGUAAUUAAAAACCGUGCAAUUCAGGUGCAAUAAGAGCAAACUGUCCAUUCCUCGCUGGCCCUCCAAAAAGCUUACGCCUUUGGGAGUCAGCAUAGAGACUUUUUGUAAAAAUGUUGGCUUAAGGAAGGGCUAGGUAGGCAGUUUCCCAGAAACGUACGAUGAUCCCUUUUUGUUAGGCGUCGUCAACUCCUAGGAUUGAAGUCAGAUAAAUGACCAUCCUUUUCUUCAUGAUAAGAAGGACCAAAUGACGUCUUUCGAAUCGCUAUUUCAUUUACGGUGUGGCGAAAUAUAUGAUGCGCGACACUUGCUUAUAGCCUGCUUAGCUGCUGUCGUUUCUGGCCGUUUCCUUUAGUCGGGCGAGAGAAGUGAACCAGACGCCCAAGUGUGAAGAAAAAGCAAGAAGCGGUGGGGGGGGGGGCAUCGUAAGUUUUUGCUCCUUUUUGACCCACGCCACGCUCUUUUCCCGCUUGGAUAACACGAAGUGGAAGUGACUGCUACGCAGCCGAACUUGCAACUCGCGUGCAUUUUGAUUUCACACGAACUUCUAAGCAACCGCCUCGGGAAGGGCUCAGCUAUCUGUAGCAUAUUGUUAAGGCGUAACUAAAUAAUCUUAUCCGAUUUCAGAGGUGGACACCUGUGUUUCCAGCCCUUGCAUAAAUGGUGGCACAUGCGCUAACACCAAAGAAUCCUAUCGCUGUGACUGUCCGCAUGGAUACAACGGAGACAAUUGCGAUAAGGAAAUAGACGAGUGCGUGUCUUCACCGUGUUAUCAAUCGUCUACUUGUGUCAAUAAGGUAUUUCACAAUGUGUUUUCCUGAUGACCUGAAUAGUUUGAGUUUCAUAACAUUUCGUAAGCCACCUUCAAAAAACAUUGUAUAUUUGUUUCCUUUAAAUUUCUUUUUUUGUAGGUCAAUGCGUAUCAAUGCCUUUGCCCUGACGAGUACACUGGAGAUGAGUGUGAACUUCCUUAUAGCCUCUGUAAUCAAAGAACACCCUGUGUGAACGGCGUUUGCAUAGAUAAAGCUGGUACAUAUGACUGCCAAUGUCCCGUCGAAUACAGUGAGACGUUCUGUGAGAUGAACAUCAACGAAUGUGCUUCAAAUCCUUGUCAGAACAAUGGUGUAUGCAUCAGCGGCUUUGAAUCGUACACUUGCAAGUGUCAGUCAGGAUACAGUGGCGUCAAUUGUCAAUUCAACAUAGAUGACUGCGCUGCCGCACCAUGCAAGAACGGCGGAACGUGUGUGGACGGUUUAAGAUCUUACACUUGCCAGUGUCCGACAGGCUAUACUGGAGCUAACUGUGAGCAUGCUAUUGAUCGGUGCGUAGGACAGCCAUGCAAAAAUGGUGGUAUAUGCGUCAAUACUCUUACAGGUUACAAGUGCCUGUGCAAGCCUACAUAUUAUGGAUGUCGCUGUACUCAAGGUAAAUGUCAAUGCAUAAUAACAUACCUUUUGUCAAGUUGCAAACAGGUUAACUUAAAGCUGGGGAAACGGUGAGAAAUCGCUGAAGAAAAAGUUCAACGACCUCAGUGCUAUAGUCGAAAUGGUUCUCGAAGACAAUUGCUGCUUACAAUCGUCUUAAUCGCUUUAAUUCUAAAGGUUAUCUAUAGUGAUGGCAGCGAUCGCAUAGGAAACAACUUCUCUACGUACGUUCUUUUUUUUUUGUCAAUUCUUUCGACACCUCGAGCCAAUCGACAGUAGCAGAGAUUGUGUUAUUUUCACAGUUUUCAUUUUGGGGUUACUUUCUUUCCAUUUUCUCAUCCGACUACGAAAGUGAUAGUAUAGUGAUGUCACGGGAGACAACUUUUCUACGUUCUUGUUCCAAAUUCCUGCCGACAUCUUAAGCCAUUCACUAUCGACAGUAGCGCAGAGAUUGUACCAUUUUUACAGUUUUUAUUUUGAGGCUACUUUCUUUCAGUUCUCUCGUCGGACUACGAUCUGUCUUUUCAAGUAAGAGCGGUGAAGUCAUAUUCCAAGAUAAAGAAAACAAUUCCAGACAUUGAUGCCAUAACUGUUGCUUUUUGGAUGCGGACUAGUGACACAAAGUCAGGAACCGUGAUAUCAUAUGCUACAAAAGAAGGAGAUGUCGUGCAAGACAACGCCUUUGCUCUGCAAGACUACGCAAGCUUCGUCUUAUUCGUCAACAACCAAACUGUAUUCACAGGCUUGAGAGCUAACGACGGCCAGUGGCAUCACGUGGCUAUCACGUGGGAAAGCGCUGGUGGCACGUGGCAUGCGUACAAAGAUGGUGUGGAAACUAAAGCAUCGUCUGCGCCUUUCCGUCAAGGUCAAGUUAUAACAGGCGGUGGUGUGUUGAUUCUUGGCCAAGAGCAAGACGAGUUAGGUGGUGGAUUUAAUACCGAAGAGAACUUCAUUGGCGAUGUUAGUCAGAUGAACGUUUUCGACUACGUGCUGUCCGCUAACGACAUUUACAAUCUAGUGUAUAGUUGUGACUAUGUGAAAGGGAAUAUUGCCGCAUGGGCCGAUUUUAAAGAACAGCUGUUUGGAGAAUAUCACAUGACCGAUAAGUCAUACGCAUGUGACUGUAAGUAAACGCUUUUCUUUUCUUUCUUUUUUUGUACUUACAUCAAGAACAUGAUGAGAUAUUGGCAUUACAAUGCAUGAAGGAAAAGUAGAUUUCUUCUUCUCUUAUACACUUGUACGUUAGCAGUAACUGGCAUUUUGGAGGUUGAAUCUCACGUUUGUACAGUCGACUCCCGACAACUCAAAUCAUCAGGGAAAUCGAAAAAAGUUCGAGCGAUUGGGAGCUAGAAGCAAUUAAUCGGAAGAAAGGAAAUAAGCAAAUAGGAUGGGAAAAGAACACAAGUGCCACCCACACUUCAACUCAUCAUGGACCCUCAACAUUCGCUUUGAUCAAUUCACGCUUUGGUUACAGGGCUAGGGACAAAGAAAACACGGUUGUUUUGAAAUAAAUUCAAUUUUUCGGACUGCAGUACACCUUUUUUUGACUUCUCACGCGCUUAAAAUAUUGUUUGAGUUAUCGAGGGUAAAAUUUUAUAGAAAUGAUCUGAAGGGAAACAAAAAUUACUUCGAGUUAGCCUGAGGUUCGAGUUACAGAGGGUAUUACAGUAUAUUUAUGAAAGAAAUCCAGGGGGAAAUCAAUUUUGGUUCGAGUCAUUGCGAGAUUCGAGUUAGCGAGGGUUCGAGCUAUCGGAAGUCGUCUGCAGUUAACUGAGUAAUAGCCUGAUUUGUGAUUAGAGGCCUUAAGCAACAACUGGAGGCGACACGGAGAAGGCCAAUUUCUCGCCUUUGAGCGAAUUAGCAUAUUUACUUGAUGUUCAGCUCGAGUCGACCUCAGUUAGGCGAGGUGAGAAAAGUUGGUUUGACCGCCCCGACAGACGGCAAUUUAUCUUUCACGUUUUGCUAUUUUAAAUGCGAGGAUUUUUCCUCAUUUAGACAAACACUUGUUCAUUAGCCGUGUCUUUUGCAUUACAAAAGCAAAUAUUUGAUUAAUUUUGAAUUUACAACUGUAAACAACUGUGUUAAUUAAAACAUAGUGACAGCCAAACCGGGAGAUUGAGAGACAAGUAGACGAAGGGGGUGAGUUAAACUACACGUUUACUGUGAAUCGAAAGGGACUUUACUAGAAUGACUCUUUUUUGUAGAAAUAUAUACCAUAUAAUGCUAUUUGUCAGUCUUUAUAGCAUCCACCUCGUCAGGGUAGAAUCGGACAUAAUCAUUGUAAGGUAAAACAUUCAAUUUGAUCAGAAUUUUUGGAGGUGUCCAACUCGUAGAGUACAAUAAAUUCAUCCUCGUCUAUGAUAUUUUCGAAGCUGCCGCAGCUAAGAGGUCUCAUAUUUCUCAACAGGUUGACAUUAAGUUUUGUUAAAACUGAGAAAAACGUCUAUUAAGUCAAAAUGAGCUACGAAAACAAAAACAAACCAAAAUAAUUUGGCAGGCGCGUCGGCUACGCAGCUUUUUUGAGUUUCCAACUUCGCGAAAAAUGGGUGGCUGUCUCGACCCACUCCUUUACGGCCCUUUCCCCCUCUUCAACGGCCUCCAGCGACUGCUUAAGGUACCUGUUGUGUAUAAUGAAGGCGUUAAGAAAAUAAUCCUGAUGUACAUUUCCCCAACAGUUUCUGCUGCGCAACGCCAGUUUUAUGUAACGUAUAAGUCCUACAUAUCAGGAAGCGAUAACAAAGUAGUGGACAACACCGAUCCGGAGUCCUGUGCAUCGUCUUGCCUGUCAGAAGCAUCCUUUAUCUGUAGAUCAUUUGAGUUUGACAACUCAACCAAUACAUGUCACAUGAGCACAGAAUCAACCGUUACCAGUGCGCUAGCAAGCUCCUCCAAUUCCAGAUUCUUCGAGUUGAGUAAGUAUGAAGUACCUGACAAAAUUUUUUAUAUUACUAAGUCUGUUCUCGCCCUGCUAUUGGUCAAUUUGCGGUCCAUAACUUACUGUACGGACCAAAUUUUUAAACCUAAAUGGUCACUUUGCAGUUCUAAAUCUUUUUAUCUCGAAAAACUAAUGAGUAAAAAAGUUAAAAUGUGUUUGUAGACCCCGAGGACUGGGAUGUUGAAUUCGCUCUUCCAAUGAAGUUUAACCUAACUUUGUUUUGAUGAGAACGAAGCUGAUGAAGAAAGUGAAUAUAACCUUACAGAGGAAGAGAAUUCUAGUCAGUGUUUGAAAUUUCAACGCAGAUCAGAUCACAAUUGAAAAGACGAAAAUUCGAGACGUUUUGCCAGAGAAAAUUAACGAGCUAACCCUUCGUCGAUGGCCGUUUUCAAAUUAGAGACGGAUUAUCCGAUAAUCUAUCAUCAAAAUCCAUCAAAAUUGACGGAAAACGGAUAGAUAAAGUUAGACAGAUUGUCCAUCCAAAAUUGAGACUGUUCCUUUUUCAAAUGAAGACGUAUUAUCAGUCUGACGCGAAUCAUCCAACGGAUAACCCGUCUCUCUUAAGUGUGAAUACAUUGACAACAAACUUACCUUAAAAAUCUUCAUUGCCGUUUGCUGUGUUUUUUUUUUUUUUGUUUUUUUUUUUGAAGACCAACGACGGAAAGAUGGAAGCGACUUCGAGACAGACACAGUGUCCAGUUUCUAAAAUAAUCCAGUGUUAAGGCUGGUUUUCACUAUCGACAGAGUCGGAAUCGGGGUCGUAAUAGCGUUUAUGACCUAGUGAAAAUCAGAAAUGGGAGUUGUAGGCUGAGUCAUAAGCUCGACGGAAUCGGAGUCAGAAGAAGCAGAACGGAAUUGGGUUUUUUUAUCUACCACUUAUUAACCGAACUGACGAGGUUAAUAAGUUAUUUAUUAUAUGGCCUUUUAGCGCUAUUAAUGUAAAAAAAAAAACACACCAGAAAUAAUUGAACCUGAGACCAUUUAAAGCCAAUAAUUGGUCAGCAGAUGACUUUAAAAAACACGUCACUUCAGUGACAGAGAAUACCUUUUUUGACAGCUGUCCAUAACAUGUUUGUCGACUAUCAAGUUGAACACAAAUAGUAUAUACCUUGGACACCUAGCUAGCAAUGUCCGGCCAUUGCAAGAAAAUCUUACCCGCUUAGCAGCCAAUCAGAGCGCACGUACAGCUAUUGUACCCAUACAAUAAAAGUCGUGAACGUCGGUAAAAUAAAAGUCGUAAAAGUCGGUGAACUUAAGCUGGUUAGUUAACCAGCUUAAGUUCACCCUACGUCAAUUAUAUAAUUCAGUCUUUGAAGCCAGAAACUUAUAAUGCUCUUCACUCAUCUACACAAUCUCUUCUGUUCAUUCCAAAAAUCAUCUGCUUUACACUUGGGCACACGCGGAUAGUAACUAGUAAUAGCCUCACCAUUCAAAAAACAACUUGAACCUUUUCUUUUUCAAUUUUUUUGUAAAUAGAUUUGUAAAUAGUGCUGAAUGUGAAGCGCUUUAUAAAUUGGCGUUGUAUAAAUUAUUAUCAAUAUCAGCAAUGUUUUUGUAAUCUUUGAACUUUUUCAUACAAUUUAGACUGUUUAAAAAGCCUUGGAGUGUCUACCAGUCGUCUUGUUCCUGACGAUGACAUGACAGCCUCGAGCCAGUUAGACACAGAGUAUGCUCCAUUGGGGGGUCGUCUAAAUUACCAAACACAUUUCGAUUCUCAGGGAAGCAUUACUCAAAUUGGCGGUUGGUCCGCUUCAACCAACGACUUAAAUCAGUGGCUGCAGAUCAAGUUUAGCCAGAUUUACCAGAUUACAGGGGUAGCUACUCAAGGCAUGGCAGAUAUUGCUCAGUGGGUUAAGACAUACAAACUCGAAUACAGCUCCGAUGGAUCGACCUGGACCGACUAUCCAGACGUAAGGGGCUUAAUCCUAUUGUGUCUCACAAUUAUUGUCACUAUCAAGAUUCUUCUUACAGUAUCAACAUUUGGUUUGUUAUUCAUGUUGAAUAGAAACGAGAAACGGAAUAAUAGCUAAUUAUUAUAUUAAUUAGUGACGGUGAAAGUUGGUGGACAUAGCACUUAUUACCUAGGGGAACAUCUAAGUCUGCUUCUAUUAAAUUUUGUUCUCUCCAGACUCUAACGGGCAACACAGACCAAGAUACAGUGGUUCGUAAUGAAGUUCAUGCGUUCCAAGCAAUGUAUCUAAGAUUUCGACCGCAAACCUGGAAUUCACAUAUUACAAUGAGGGUUGAAGUGUAUGGCUGCCCACUGAGUGAGUAGUGUUUUAAGGUGACUCGACCCAGUUUUUUUUUUGGGGGGGGGGGGUGCCAUCCUACUUUGAAGCUCUCUGGUAUCCCCACCUUUACUUUUAUCGUAAGUCUAACACAUAGAAUGGAUAACAUAUAGAUCAAUCUACAAUAUAACAUAAAAUUUAUGGCGAUCGGAGUAAAUCUCACGUGGUUAUAAUGCCACGCCCCUUUGAGGUCUGAGUCGAAAAUCUGCUGUUGCCGGCAUUUUUUCGUGAAAAUCUCUCGGCUAGACAUAGUGCGCAUUAGUGCCUUGCGCUGAACAGAGUUUCACUAAAAUCGCAAAGACCCAAUUCGAGAAAUUCAGCGGUUUCCAAAUUUAGGUCAUAAUUUAUGCGAAAAUGAGAAGCAAACUUUACACGGAUUAUAUCUAAUAAACUAUGAGAUUCAUCUCUUUAUUUUGGGCAUCGUUAUAACAGAUGGGUCCUUGCAAGUCAGCAAAACGCUUUAGGGCCUUCCAAAUGCGCGCGAUUUCGAGCAAAGCAGACAUAUAGAAAUUAUAGUUUUCGCUAUUUGUUGACGUUUGUCAGCGUUUAAGAGUCCUUCUCACGAAAAAAGUAUUUUCUUAAAAAUUCGUAGUUUUUUUCCUUGAAAUUUUUUCAGGGCCACAAUUGAUUAACUAACUACCCGGACUCUGAAUUUCAUGGUCAUUGAAAAACUGUGACAUUACCUUCUAUAAGCCCAAACUUGAGUAAACAUUGAAGAUUUUUAGCGUUUUGGCUGAGUUUUUGUGCUUUGGGAGUUGUCUAUUGUUUCUAGUCUGUCAUUAUACAGCAUUCUUGUUCAGCACGCGUGCAAUGACCACGCUUGGCUGACUUCCGAAUGCUCAUCGAGAUAUGAUAAUUUAGUAUAAGAAAAUAGAAGGGAUUCCCGUCACGAGUUGGUUUAAUUAUUGGCCAGCAUUAAACCUAUGAAAAAAUAAUAUUUUUUAACAGUAAGUAGAUUUAGUGUGUAGCACUUCUUGAUUUUUUUGCAAAGGCACAAGAAGCACGAGAAUUGAUUAAAAAUUGUGAGUUAAACCUCUAUGUAUCACGCGAUGGCCUGUCUCACUGUACCAAAAUUAAGCAUCUGGGUGAGCAUUCGGAAGUCAGCCAAGCGCGGUCAUUGCACGCGUGCUGAACAAGAAUGCUGUAUCAUGACAGACUAGAAACAAUAGACAACUCCCAAAGCACAAACUCAGCCAAAACGCUAAAAAUCUUCAAUGUUUA